GCUCGGCCCCGUACUCAUUUUAUAGUGUCUGCUAAAGUAUGGAUGCAGUACAAAAUUGAUCCAAUACAACCAUCGCACAAUUUUUAUACGAAAUCUACCUCGCGGGGUCUUUCGGUUUUAUAGUAUAGUGCGAAGUGUUAUAUGUCACUGCUAAAAAUUGAAGUGGAAAUUAAUGUACUUUGGCAAAACGACGUAAACGUUUGCGGAACUGCGAAUAUCGGAAAAUCUAUCGACUAAGGAUUUCGACAGCAUUUGGAAUGAUUGUGGGCGAAGCUGGUUACAGCUUCGGAUAUUCAGUUCAAUAAUUUCACUGCUGCAGACUGCAGUAUAUCAUCACCUUUUUCAAUAUGUACGCCAAUGAAUUGUGACAUGUAUGCUGAAGUGAAAAUCUGCGAUUUGUUACUGUGCUUUGAAACUAAAGUGGUUGGUAUAUCGCGUAUGACGAUGCAAAGGGUAUUGACAAGGAUAAUCCAUCAUCAGUGAUCGUCCUGACAACUAGUGAAUUUAAAAAAAAGCCAAAAAGUGCAAACUAGCAGCCUUCCCAAUUUAAACAAUUUUCCAUGAUUCACGUUGAAGGGAAAAAACAUUUUUCAGUGUGCUUUUAUAAAACCAUUUUCGUAAUUAUCGCCCUGGAUAACACUUUUCCCAUUCAUUUGAAGUAUUCUGGCUGUUUUUCAUCUCUCGGCAGGCGUUAUCGACAGUAACCGACUAGUUCCUACUGUCGAUUGGAUCAAAUACAGGUUUCUACUACCGUUGCAGCCGGGCUCUGUGCUCGGGCAGAACGAUGGACAGCAGAAGUACCUGAAAGGUCCUCGUGACUGACCGUGGCCCUGGGCCAACAGCGUAGAAAAAUGUCACUACGCCACUGCAGGAACCAUCUCUCUGUUUGGAAAAGCUUGCAUGUCCACCGACAUUCGUCAUCAUCGACAGAAACCGCAGUGCUUCGGAAGAAAGAAGAGUGCGCGAUAGGACAAAAAUCAAUUUGUGUAUCUGGUAAACCCAGUGCUAAUCAAAGAUUGCGACCAGUUCACCAUCCGAACUAUGUUGAAACCGUUGAAAAACUUGCUAACCUAUUUGCAGAGGAAUGCCAAUAGUUCGCCGAUUUUCGGAGUAUCUAACGGCAUGGGUCCAAUCGAGGAACCGGCGGCAGCGUUGAUAGCAAACGAGGACACAAUGGCAUCGGAGCAACUGGGCUGCGACGAUCCGCUGUACGAUCCGCUCGCACUGGACGGAGACGGUGACGCGGUGGAUGCACUUAAUGUAAGCAAUGCCAGCACCGUUUCGACCACGGGUACGGUUAGCAGUGAUUUGGAUAGCUCCAACGCCGGACAGAUAGUGCUGGUGGACGUUACGAGCCUGAAGAACAGUCCCGCGGCCGGGGCUGACCAUGAAAAUAAUAUUGACAUUAGUGAAGAAGUGGUAAACGGAAUCGAUCCCGUUAGUAUUAGUGUUAAUGGACACAAUGAUAGUAAAUCGUUGCUGGGAGAAGAAAGUGAGUGUGGGGAGGAGACCAAAUCUACCAAUCUGGGUGAAGACAGUUUUGUGACGGCUUGCUGUGGAGAAACUCCGAAUGCGACCGUUUGCACUACGGACGUGGAAGAUGUUGAUGUCGAGCAAACAGACGGGACGGUUGAUGCCAUAGCCGAAACGGCGGCUACCGUUAAUGGACAGGCACACGAAGAGGAGGAAGCUAGCGAUGGAUCCGAUUCCGGGCUAGGUUCGGAACCAUCGAGAAAUUUAUCUACACUGGAGAAGGACAUUGCUGAGCUUCCACUUGUGAAAAGUAAUCUCAAAAGACGCUCGGCUGAGGAAACGACCGAAGCGAGCAGUGAAAAGCGACCAAAGAAGGGCAUUACAUUCGAUGGGGUCACGGUGUUCUACUUCACUCGAAUGCAAGGAUUCGGGUGUGUCCCGUCCCAGGGCGGUUGCACACUCGGUAUGGAGUUCCAACAUAUGCAUUCAAAACGCUUCACACUGGCAGAGCAUGCCGCUGAGCAGCGCAAAAUGCAUCGGGCACAGUUGCAGGAACUGAAUCCUCGCACCAGUUCCAGUGAGGAGACGGACAGUGACGAUGAACCGAGUGAAAGCGGUUCCGAAGCCGAGAGCGAAUCGUACGGCUUCCUACAACCGGUGACCACCAGACAGAGGCGAGCAUUGCUCAAGGCGGCUGGUGUAAGAAAGAUAGACUCAACAGAGAAGGACGAAUGUAGAGUAAUAAGGACUUCCCGAGAGGUGUGUGGAUGCACCUGUCGGGGAUACUGUGAUCCGGAUACCUGUGCUUGCAGUCAGGCCGGUAUAAAAUGCCAGGUCGACAGACCUAGUUUUCCCUGUGGAUGCACACAGGACGGGUGCGCGAAUGUGGUCGGUCGAGUUGAAUUCAAUCCGGCGCGGGUUCGCACCCACUUCAUCCACACUAUUAUGAGGUUGAACUUAGAUCAUAAGGCAAGUACCGAUGAACACAACGGGCUGGGUAUGCACUCGACCACUAGUUACAGCAAUGGAAAGGAUUGGUCUAGCGGUCCAGUACGAUUACCGGGUUUAUACGGUAUCGUAGGUGUUAAUGGUGCUGAUACCGUAGAUGGGUAUCAUCAUCUGCAUCACCAGCAACAUCAGUACGGUGCAACUCACAGCUUUUUAAGCACCCAUCCGGUUUCUGGUGGACUUCCACCAAGCAACGAAUCAUUGGAUCUGCAUUACGCUUUCCGAGAUUACUACGGACCGCACCAGCAGACGACCAAUGAUCAACUGGCGAUACCGAAUUCUCUUAUGACUUCCUAUUAUACCAACUACCCGACCAGUAUGGACCAAUACCAUCAGCCUCACCACACCAAUUUGGUUAUGGACCAAAGAUCACCGGACCAACAUUCCCCGUACCACAGUCAAAUGGAAUCUACCGCCACGAGUGCGGUAAUGAUAGACGAAGAAGUAACAUUGAACACUCCAAUCAAUCCCAACUUCAGCUGCGACGAACAUUCGACUUUGGUCGAUCCUAUCCAAUCCAGUGCCUCACAGCCCAUCUCCGACUCGCACCUAAUCGAUCAGGCAGCUUGUCCCCCCGUCAGCGAGGCACCGGAAAGCCUUAGCCAUGACAGUGAAUUACCCCAACUAGUGGAUAAUUCUUCGGAAUGCACCGAAUCCGCUGACCAUCAGAAUCAUCCCAGUGGAGAUUUUAUCGACCUUAAUACCCCAUUGGCACCGGGCAGCGAACGCUUGGAAGCCAUAAACGAUCUGCUUGCAAGCAGUCGACACACCGUCAGUAUCGUCAAGCAGUCUAUCAUUGCCGAGGAGGAUGACGAGUUGAGUGAUUUCCGGGAUCCUCCCGUCGAUCCACUUCCUAGCACUUGUGUGGUGCGUCGGAACGAAUCAUACAGUGCGGAGAACGCCGAUGCUCAGCCGGAUGUGAACCAAGCGGAGCGGACAAAGAGUGAUGGGCCAGAUCAGCUACAACUGGAACAAAGAUCCGAAUCUGUCUGUUCGGCCAUCGAACCAAGCGAAAACCUAUGUGAAAUUAUCAAGAAUAGUAUUGUUGAGACCGCGUCGAAUUAAGUAGCCACAAUAUCUACGUUGAAAUAUAUACUCUAGUUUUGUUUCGAUGCAUUCGUUUCUUUCAUCGGGGUUAGCUCUAUUUUUUUCUUUCUGCGUUUUAAUACUGUUUUUUUUCUUAGGUUAUGUUUUCCAUAAUUUAUUCCCUGUUUCAUUCCCUGUCGUCUAGUUUCUCUAGUUAUUUACUUUGACCUACGUUGACUAGUGCUAUCAGCCCGACAUCUCAGUAGAAACACUACGUUUUCGAAACAAUAGACACACGAAAGUUAAAAUCAAAAAACUAUGUAAAAGUUGUAAUUAUUGUAAUUUCAUUAACUUAAAAAUAGUAGUUAAACCGAAUUAUGAAUUGCAAUUUGCGAGUAUCAUUACCGAACACUUGUGCUCAUUGGGACACGGCGGAACUGAACAUGUUGUUUUGGGCACUACUGUGUAGAGAUAAAAAUAACGGGAUAGAUUCAGUAAAAAAAAGUAAAAAAAUAGAAUUGUACUGUCGUUUUGUGUGAACAAAAUGAAGCAACAUGGACAUGGAAGCAACCGGUUGAAUAAAAAGUUUAUAUUCAUGCCCCUUUAGAAAACUUUUGUGGGAACUACAUUCGUGACAAGGCGAAUAUAAAAGAAAACCCUUAACUGCUAAGAAUAAUUAGGAUUAACCAUUAAAUAAUGUAGGCAAUUGUAAUUGUGAAUGAAGAUAGGCGUUUCUAACGCUGUCUGUGUUCUGUAUAUAAGUUUCAUUGAAUUCAAUCCUAAUACGAAAAUCAUAAAACUAAAUUAAACACAAGCAAAGAAUAUGUAAAAUGUGAGACAAGAUCAUAGUAUCAUUUACGAAAAUAAUAAUUAAAACAUAUAUAGUCGCGUAA